GAUCCAAAUGAAGAUACAGAAUGGAAUGAAAUUUUGAGAGAUUUUGGCAUUCUUCCUCCAAAAGAAAAAGCACAGGAUGAAACUGAAGAAAUGGUUUCAUGUUUACAGGAAGAAGCAAUGGUUAAACCAUAUGAAAAGAUGACUCUUGAACAGUUGAAGGAAGCUGAAGAUGAAUUUGAUGAUGAAGAUAUGAGAGCUAUUGAAACAUAUAGAGAAAAGAGGUUACAAGAAUGGAAAGCUCUUAAGAAAAAGCAAAAAUUUGGGGAAUUAAGAGAAAUUUCUGGAAAUCAGUAUGUGAAUGAAGUCACAAAUGCAGAAAAAGAUGUGUGGGUUGUAAUUCAUCUAUACAGAUCAAGCAUCCCAAUGUGUUUGUUGGUUAACCAGCAUCUUAGUCUCCUAGCAAGCAAAUUUCCAGAAACUAAAUUUGUUAAAGCCAUCGUGAAUAGCUGUAUUCAACACUACCAUGACAAUUGUUUACCAACAAUUUUUGUUUAUAAAAAUGGUCAGAUAGAAGGCAAAUUCAUUGGAAUUAUAGAAUGUGGAGGGAUGAAUCUCAAACUAGAAGAGCUUGAAUGGAAACUAGCAGAAGUUGGAGCAAUACACACUGAUUUGGAAGAAAACCCCAAAAAAGGAAUUGUAGAUUUGAUGGUAUCUUCAAUUAGAAACACUUCUACCUAUGAUGACAGUAGUAGUUCAAACAGUAAUAAUGAUGAUAUGAAAUAG